UUCACAUUUUUGGGCUCAGUUUGCAUAAUUUCCGAAUUUUUCUUGCAUAAAACGACGUGGACAGCAUUAUAUGUGCACCGUCAGUCUUUCCCCUAAUUCUGUGGAAGAUUACAUAAUCGUUGACCAGUCUCUCUCCAUUGGGAUACAUCGAUAACGAAAGGCUGGCUAUGAUGGCAAAGGAAUAUUAUGGACUGAUAAAAUCCCUGUAACAUGUCCGGAUGCAAGAGCAGUAAGUAAGCAAGCAACAGAUCAACUCUCAUCACGUUGGUUGAUUGAUUGCGGCGAUUCUUAAUGAGUGGAGGCGUUUUUCUCAGUCGAGGUUAAAGAACAAGUUGCCUGUCACCUCCCAGGAAAGCUGUGUGUUUAGCGUCUCCAUGACAACCGUCACCAUGACAACCGCUGCCAUGGCAACCGUAAACAGACCGCUGUGGGUUGUCGUCUUCUUACUGUGCGCUGUUUUCCCUUUGCUGGACGCAGGCAACGCCAUCCCAUUCGACACGACAAUCUGUACACCAAGUCAAGUACCAAUGGCCUCCCCCUUACCUAUACUCGGGGAGAAAUACUCAGCAGAGAUCCGCUGGACGAGUCACAAAGAUCGCCGGAUGUACUACGUCAGAGAUGACCUGGACACCUUCCGCCAUCUUGCUUCUUUGAGGAUCAGCAUGCCCUUGUUGCCAAGCGACGCAAAGGCCAUCUUUGACCUCGAUUAUGGCUACGUCAGUGUGUUUGAUGACGGGAAAACCAGCGUCCAAGCACAGAACUGGCAGCUCCCUCGCGUUCCCAACGGUGACCGCACUCUGCCCUACCUCAUCAAGAUCAAAGGUCGGGGCGGCAUGGGGUCAAAGGUUGUUGACUUUGACGUCACUGGGGAAGUGGGACGCUUUGAUGUUCAGCCCGUUUUUGAUGACGACAUUUUUCUGCCCCCGCCUGGCACCUGGUGUGAGGGUCUCCCUCUCAUCUCUCUUCCUCCCACACCGGAGAGCUUCACAGUGCUCGCUGAGCUCAUCGACGAGGAUUUCCAACACGUUCGUUAUGAGCAGGUGUGGUUCGACUCAUCUCGCAAGCUGGUACGUAAGGACUGGCAGCCAAUCACAGACCAGACCCACAGCAACACCGACCCCUACACCACCCUCUACGAUUUUAAUAUAGGUAAAUAUAAUCGUUAA